GUACCUGAGUUUCGGUGAGGAGAGGGGAAGGGCCGAGCCGGAGUGAACAACAUCGGCUCUUCAGAGUCCUCGAGCAUUUAAUUGUUUUUAUUCUCAUCGACCGACGUCUAAGUGGUUAUCGAGGAAGGGUUUUUUUUUGUGGGAUCGUGCAGGAGUUUGGGGAUUUGCAGAGUUUUAUCUCCAGCUGCUAGUUCACAGGCCGACGAGGACAGAUCUCCCCACUUCCUGGUUCGGCACAGUCAGGAUGUCGGUCACCCCUCGCCGUGUCCGUCUGAAGCCCUGGCUGGUCGCUCAGGUGGACAGCGGCAGAUAUCCGGGGCUGGUGUGGAUUGAUCGCGAGGCCAUGCGCUUCAAGAUCCCAUGGAAACACGCCACAAGACACACACCCCAGCACGAGGACGAGGACACCAUAUUCAAGGCGUGGGCCGUGGAGACCGGGAAGUUCCAAGAGGGAAUUGAUGAACCUGAUCCUGCAAAGUGGAAAGCUCAGCUUCGAUGUGCGCUGAACAAAAGCCGAGAAUUCAAUCUGGUCUAUGAUGGUACCAAAGAGGUCCCCAUGAAUCCUCUGAAGAUUUAUGACGUCUGUGACAUCCCGCAGCCCCUCAGUAACCAGGGCUCCUCAGAUGCUGGUUCUUGGACUCCAGAUGGUGGUGAGGAAGAUGUUCCAGAUACACCAGAGUCUCUGCCUCCGUACCCAUCUAAUGGCACCAGUCCAUCUCCUCUCAUCAUGUGGUCUCCUAUGAGCUCAGGGUCCCCCAUGCAGCCUCCCAGUUGUCCCCCUUCAAAUGAGCCCUGGCCCAAAGAGGAGCCUGUAAAAAUCUGGCCCAAAGAGGAGCCUGUGGAUGUGGAGAUGCACCCCACAGCCCUGAGUGACAUGCCUCCUGCUCCUCUGCCUGAUCACUCAAUGCAGCCUCCUCCUCUACCCGACGCUUUGUUUGCCUCCCCAGAAACGUGGAUCAGUUCCCUCCCAAUGACAGACCUGGAGGUGACGUUCCAGUACAGAGGGAAGGAGAUGUGUCCCACAGCCAACAUCAGUAACCCGCACGGCUGCAGGCUGUUCUACGGAGACCUCGGCCCCAUGGUCAACCAGGAGGAGCUGUUCGGGCCGGUGAACCUGGAACAGCUACGCUUUCCCACCACAGAGCACAUUACCAACGACAAGCAGAGGGUUUUCACCAACCGCCUGCUGGACGUGAUGGACAGAGGCCUAAUCCUGGAGGUCAGUGGUCACGAUAUCUAUGCGGUGCGUCUCUGCCAGUGCAAGGUGUACUGGUCCGGUCCCUGCGCUCCAAAUCAAACUGCUCCAAAUCUUAUAGAGCGCCAGAGGAAGAUCAAACUCUUCUGCCUGGAGUCUUUUCUCAGUGGAGUGAUAGCCCACCAGCGCGGCCAGACACCAAACCCACCUCAGUUCGAAAUCAGCCUGUGUUUCGGAGAGGAGUGGCCUGAUGGUAGGCCCAGAGAGAGGAAACUUAUCAUGGUUCAGAUCAUUCCAGUGGUGGCCCGUAUGAUAAGCGAGAUGUUCUCUGGAGACAACACACGAUCCUUCGACAGCGGCAGCGUUCGCCUGCAGAUCUCAAUUCCAGAUAUUAAAGACAACAUAGUGACCCACCUAAAGCAGCUGUACUGCUUGCUGCAGACCCAUCAGGGCCAGGACGGCUGGGCGCUGCCCCCUGGCCCGGGCCUGAACAUCGUCCAGGCUCUGCAGGCACAGUGAAGCAGCCCCCACUGAACUCGCAUAUAUCUAUAUCAUUUAUCAGUGUAUGAGAUUUGAGAGUUAUCUAGCAAAGAAGUACUUAUGUGUAAUCAUAUUUAGAAGUGUGCACACUAUACUGUAGGAUUUUUAUGCUUUUUUUGUUAGUAAUGUUCUGCGACAAUGCUUUUCUGUGUAUAGAAGUAGUGCCUUGAAGUCUGCAUCACUCCGCAGUAUUUGCAGGAACUGUAGACAGAUUUAGUGACUUCAUGGGCCAAAGUCCUGCUUGCUGCAAGGGAACAUUCAGCAUAGUUAAUGAGUUACAGAAAUCGCCCCGAGCCUUAUUUAUCCAAAACGGGUCAGUGAUUACUAAACUUUUCUGGAGUCAAGAAACUGUGUAAAGCGCCUUUUAUCUUUCGAUUUCUUAUAAAAUGUUUUGAAGCAACACAUCUACCAUCAGAUUUUUAUAUGGUGGAUAAUAUAUAGGCAAAUAUGAAUUAAAGUAUGGAUGGUUUCUUCUUCCAUAUAUUUAUAACUUAUUAUUAUGAGUUCAUCUGUGCUCGACUAUUCAAAAUUCAUUUAUACUCCCAACACAUUUAAUUUGGUGUUUUGUCUUCUCAUUUGACAGAUGUAUCCAUUUUCUAGUCCACCUGGCCUGUAGUUCUUUUUCCAGUUGUUUUAUUCUUCAGUUUAUAUUGUAGGAUAUUUUUGUAUUCAUGUCUUUGAUUUGAAGCCAUUUAUUGUAUCCUGGCAGCCAUUUAACUAAACAACUUUAAGCUAUAUCAAUCUGUUUUAAUAUGGAUUCCACUGCACUUUGGGUGCGGAGUUGUUUUUAUGUGUAGUUGAAUUCUUCCUGUGAUUGUAUGUUUAUUUUAUCAAUGAAAAUGCCAAAAUAA